GGUGCAACCCGAGGUGACAGUGAAAGCGCAGUCAAAAUUCAUUAGUCCGGAAAAAAGAAAUGCGUGUAAAUUCUGUCAACAAUUUUGGAAAUUAAAAUAAAUAGAGGUGUUUAUAAUGGCAGUCAGCUCGGACUUAUGGGAUCUGUUGCACAACAUGUAGUGUAGAAUUAAUACGAUUUACAUAAAUGAUUUUGAACUGCUUGCAUUGAAGUAAUAAAUUAAACCAAAUGCUCUUUUAUUCAGAAUUUAAUAUUUCAGCAUGCUAUCACACUUUCCGCACGGGUAAAUGAGCAAGAUGCUUGCGUCGUGUGUUCCCUCGCUAUUGUAUUUUUAUAUUCACGACAGACGCAAAUAAUAGCAGUCUAAAUCCUCCAUAGUUUAGUGUAUGCGUAAUCGCAGCGCAACCUAGACUCCUGGAUGAAGUGUUGGACCAGCUUCCGGUCACGUGUCCGCCACACUGCGAUCAUAUGACUUCAGUCGAUGAAAAUGAAAGCUGGGUGCAGCCAGCUGAAACCUGUGGUGCUUAUUUUGAUCUUUAAUUCGUGUCUUUACGCGAGUUGUCAGCGGACUGGGCUGCAGGUAUGUAAACUCUGCAGCGGGCCUGUCCUGAACGGCACCGCGGUGGGCCAGUUCUGCUCCGUGUCCGCUGGACGGAUAGAGGGACGCUGCUGCCUGAGCAACGACAACACAACCGACCCUGAACGCAUCAUCGGGUUGGAUCUAUCUAACUGUUCGCUGACUCACGUAGAGGAUCUUCAUGAGGCAUCAACAGCGUUAAUGAUAGACCUCUCACUUAAUCCUAUUGUCAACCUCAGUGACACGGCAUUUCAAGGAUUUAUGGAGUUGAAUUACAUGAUCGUGCCAGGAGACAUAGCUUGUCCGGGAGGCAACGUGUCUUGGUCAAAGGUGGAGGUCAAAGAGGGAAAUCGUCUUUGUGAAGGCCAGAAAAACACGUGCAAUCAGACGGGGCAGCUGUCCAUUAACUGCCCGGAAAACUCCCUCUGUGCCCCCUAUGGCCCCGGCUUCUUUCAGUGCAGCUGUGCUGACAACUACCAUGGAUACAAGUGUCUUCGAGAGGGGGAGUUCCCAGCUCUGGAGGUGUUUGCGCCUCUUGGGGCAUCUACAGUCAUGCUCUCUCUCCUGCUGUGGGUCACGCAGAGACGUAAAGUCAAACCACUCUGAGGCCGAACUGCAGUCGUCUGUUGUUAUUGGUGUUUUUUUUAUUUCUACCUGCAGUGAUCGACUGAGCUGAAACUGACCGCUCUCAAAAGGGAAAAUGCUGACACCAAGUCCAAAGUGACCCCAUUUAGAUGUUUUAUUUUAAAUCGUUCUGGGGGCAGCUGUGUUUUAUUUAAGGGAAUUUAUUUUUACUACUGACUCAAUUGUGCAAUUUUAGACAAAGGUGUUUCCCCAAGUUUGAAAUGUUGUUUUUUUUUGUAGUUGACUGACACAAGAUAUUUAUGGCCAGGUUGUAUUACGGUUGUUUUGUUGCUCACCGUUCAGACAUGUGCUGACUGACUUUACAAAAUAGAACUACACGUCCUUAAGCAUAUAUGAGGGGACAGUAUGUCGCAUGUUGAACAUGUUGAUUUACUCAAGAGGCAGAAAAAAAGCCAGAUUCACCAUAUGAAUCAUGUUAACCAUCAAAAUUUCAAGGGAAGUUGAGCUUUUUCGUAUUAGAGUUAAGGCAACCCUUGUUUUGACACUUGCACUCAAGUAUCUGCUAGAACUUGUACUUGUCACUGUAUCCUUUGUUCAGUGUCUUGAUGUUGAUGAAUGAGAAGUUUCAAUGCUUUGUCUGAGUGACAUUCAGGGUUCUGAUAAAGAUUUCAAAAUAGCAAA